GAAGGAUCCCGGGAAAGCCGGGACGCAAACCAGGGAUCUUCUCGCUGCAAGGCGAAAGUGCUAACCACUACGCCACUGUGCAGCCCGCUCUAAAACAUUAAAAAAAAAAAAAAAUUAUAACGAUCUCACAAACCUGAAUAUAUAUACACAGUAACUAUUUUAAUAUUAAAACGUGAACAUGCAGGGCUGUGUUAUUAUUUCUGUUCCAUUUCGUUGUUUUUCACGGUCAAAAUAACCGGAGCAGAUGAACCGAGGCGGUGACGUCAUCAAGUACGCUGGCGUUCCAACUGCACUUCAGCCUCGAUGCGUUCUGGUCUCGCCAAGUAGGCGAGUACGGACUUGCGUUCUUAGAAUUGAGAAACGGCCACUGUCUCUUUAAGAGUCACAACAGUAAGCUCUGCUUUACGGCUGUAGAGCAGCGACCUCAGAGUGGGAGUUCGCGGGAAGCACUUGAAUAAUGCUGAGAGGGGAGAAGACAUGGCCGACCUGUAGCCAGUCUCUACUAGCCGUCUUUCACAUCAAGUCACUACUUGUAUUUUUUCCUGCUAGCGCGGGUGGACCGAGAGGCUAGCUAGCGAUCUGCUAACAUUGUGAAGUGGCCCGGAGUCCGGCAGAGACCGCUGUGUCCCAGGACUGGUCGCCAGCCAUCACCCAGCUCUGCUCGUGGACAACUUGAGUAUCAGAAACAAAAACUUUUCUUUCUAUAGAGCUCUAUAGUAUUUUUUUGGGUACCCAAAUUUAGUUUCAUUGCUGGGAGUUUUUGUUUUUGCACUCAGAAAUACCAAAUUGUGGAUCACCACAAUUUUGUGGAGAGGAGUGACUGUUCAUUACCCUGGAAUGAAAGGACUGGUUUACUUUUGAUAAACAUUGCAAAGAGACUGAUUGAAAAGAGACAUUUGACAAGGUGUUGAGUUGGGAUAUUUCAUUUAAAUUGUUGGCAACUAUUUGUGUUGUGGGACUAAGUCACAUCAUUUGUAUCAAAGCUGAACAGGGUUUAUUAUUAUUAUUAUUAUUAUUAUUAUUAUUAUUAUUAUUAUUAGUUUUUCUAUAUAUAUAUUUUUGUGGUUGUGUCACUAAAAAAAUAAAAGAACAUAAUUUGAGUUAACCAGAUACUGAUUUAAAGGGAAGGUACGUUCCAGUCCAUAAAGUAUUUUAUUUUAUUGGACUAAGGUAGCAUACUACUGCCAGACCCAGAAUAAAUUCCUGCUGAGUACAUUUGAAUCUGAUCUCAUCUUUGUUGUUAUUGAAAGAGGGACAAAUUGAUACUUGGUUACAUAAACAGCUGAAGUGUGUUGUGUUCGUGUAAUGUGGUACAUUUAGUUAAUAAAACUGUUCAUGGAGACGCUGGUUCACAUUAAUGUAACGUUUAGAAAACCUAAAUGUGAUUAAAACAGUGAGGUUAAGGUUCUGUGUUGUCAGUAGUCCUGAAUAUCUGCUGAGUCUCUGAAGUUAAACUGGAGAAAACAGUAAAUCAUUAACGUUGUUUAAUGACUGAUUCACAUGUUGUAGUACGUAUUCCUGCAGUGUAGACUGGAAAAAUAAACUCCCAGAAUAUGAUCAAAAUAACGAUGAACACUACAGUUAUUACAUUAAAUUACAGCACAGAUAAGCUGGAUAAUAAAAUCCUCUCCCCUAAAGCUGACAUGACUGCAGGCCUUUCUGUCUUUCAGUGCUUGGAAAACAUGAAAUAGGAAAUCUUUCCAGGGAUACUUUAAAAUGAACCUCUGCUGUUGAUGCUGAUACUGUGACGUCUGUCUUCAGCUCAGGUGUCUCAUGUUCACUGUGAGGAUCUUCUGAGUGAAGCCAACAGAAGGAAAACCUCAUCUGGAUGUGAUGAAGGAGACUGAAUGGAUGACAUCCUCAGUGAACCACUUCCUGUUUAACUUUCAGUUACAGAAGGACAGACCAACUCUCAGCAGUUUAUUAUUCUCUGUUCUUAGUAUUCACAGGUUCCAUUUAUCACCUUUAACUGCGUCUCUGCUGUUGUAGCAGAAAUACAAUCUAAAAAGUCCAUGUUAUUUAUAGCAGAUAUGCAGCAUUAAAACAGCAACACAUUCAGGUCAAGAGCUUCAUUAUUCCCUUUACUGCACAUUUAAAAACUACAUUAUUUAACAAUUCUGAACUGUGAAGAUGAGUAAACAGAUGAAAUAAACAAUGUGUUGCUGACAGUGAAAUGUAAAAACUGAACAGUCACCAGACAAGUUGUAUUCUGAAGAGAGGAGCUGAAUCUGCAGCAUUAUUGUUAUUACUGGAAGGAUGAGGAAGACAUCAGUGCUGCUCUUCCUCACAAUGAUGAAGGAGAAAAGACUCUUCAGACAACCACAGCUGGAUGUUCAUGUUCUCUGUAGCUCUCAGUCCAUCAGAGCAGAUGUUCCCAAUGAUCCAGACCAAGGCUGGAAGGAAAAGACACUAAGUGAGAAAAAGAUCUACAAGGUUCUUUCAGUCCAACUGCUGGAACAUUAAAUCUAAUACCUGUAGUGUUCAUCAUUACUUUGAUCAUAUUCUGGGAGUUUAUUUUUCCAAUCUACACUGCAGGAAUACGUACUACAACAUGUGAAUCAGUCAUUAAACAAUGUUAAUGAUUUACUGUUUUCUCCAGUUUAACUGCAUAUAAAGUGCAUUAAAAGCGGCACCGUUAACAAAAUAAACAUUAACUUACCGAACUAUCAGAGUCCUUUCAGUGUCUGCUGGUAGAAUCAGCCGAAGCGCUACGGUGACAUCACUUGACUUCAGCCAUGCUGGGAUCUGACGUCAGGCAGGAAUCCUGGGAUCAGGUACGUCCAUAGAUAUGAAUCCGUAGAUAGGACACGUCCAUAGAUAUGAAUCCGUAGAUAGGACACGUCCAUAGAUAUGAAUCCGUAGAUAGGACACGUCCAUAGAUGUGAAUCAGUAGAUAGGACACGUCCAUAGAUAUGAACAGGGCUGCCAACUUGUGACCAGACCUUAGAGUGAGAUUUGGUUUGUGCGGGAUGCUGACGGGGGGUCUCAAGGCCCUCCCCCAGAAAAUUUAGAAAAUUAUUGAUCCUAUUUCCUGCAUUGUGGUGUAUUUUAAGAGCAUUUUGCCUGUUAAAAUCUUAUAGAGAUAACAUUAAGGGAUAAUAAAAAAAAAAAGACUGAGCUUAAAAAAAAGCAGAAAAAAAACAGCAAGGGCAGGGAGAACUGAAAAUGGUUCUUCAUGUAAAAUAUGGAUGAACGUUCUGUGGCUGGAUGUGCAUACCACAUUUCAGUAUUUUCCAUAAAUAUCUGCAUCACUGAAAUAACUCCAGCAACCACUUUGUAGCAUUGGUCUUGGAGGACUUUAACGCACACACUCAACAGCUUCAAGUUGACCACAUCAGCCAACUAAACAAAAAAAAGUGCUUCAGCAAAAACAAAACAUAUCUUCAUAAAUUAUCCAUUCACUGAACAGAAUUACAAUCACACACUAAACUCUGUCCCACAGGAGCAGGAUGACAUGGACUAAACCCAGGACUAAACCUAAAUGUCAUACUGCAGUAUAUUGUCAAAAUAGUAUGUUAUUCAAGAAAACAUCAGAGUAUAAUGUGUCAUCUAAAAAUGCCAUAGAAUAGUAUUUCAUUGCGCAAGUAAAAGUAUAGUAAUUUUUAAAACUGUUCAAAUUCUUAUAUGUUGCUAAAAAACAAAAAAAAAACUAAAACAAAAAAAACGUCAUAGUAACAUGUCAAUUAAAAAAGCCUAUAGUAUAGCGUGUCGUCCAACAAACAUCAUAGUAUAGCAUGUGUGGCAUCGGUGUGUAACUUUGCCAAAACCAUGUCGGACUCCGUAGUUUUCUCUGGACCCCUGCCUGAUCUGACCAGCGAUGAUAUGUUUAGCCGUAUGGCAUCGUUUCGCCGCUGGUCGUCUACGUGGUGUACUGCAAACAACAUUGGCUUUAUAGACAAUUGGAGCUCUUUCUGGGGAAAACCUGGUCUGAUUAGGAGAGACGGCAUCCAUCCCACUUUGGCUGGUGCAGCUCUCAUUUCUAGAAAUAUGGCUGAUUUUAUUAGAACUCCUAAAGCAUGACAACCCAGAGUUCAGACCAGGAUGCAGAGUUGUAGUCUUCCACACCUCUCUGCAGUUUCCUCUCAGCUGUCACCCUCCAGUAAUUCAGUUAGCUUUAUUGAGACUGUGUCUGUCCCCCGACCACCAAAAUUCAAUAAAUUAAGCAAAUCAAAAAUAAACAAAAGACAUAGUAACCAUAAAAAUCUAAUUAAAAUUAAUACCACUAUUUCAACUGAGCGAAGAAACAGGACAAUUAAAUGUGGUCUGUUAAAUAUUAGAUCUCUCUCGUCUAAAUCUCUGUUAAUAAAUGAUUUGAUAACUGAUAACCAGAUUGAUUUGUUCUGUUUGACUGAAACCUGGUUGCAGCAGGAAGAAUAUGUUAGUCUAAAUGAAUCAACUCCUACUAGUCAUACUAACUGUCAUGUUCCUCGAAUCACAGGCAGAGGAGGAGGAGUGGCAGCAAUUUACCUCUCUAGCUUAAAAAUGAACCAGAGACCUAAACCUAGUUACAGUUCAUUUGAAAAUCUUACACUCAGUCUCUCUCAUCCAGAUUUAAAAGCUCAGAAACCAGUUUUAUUUGUUGUUGUAUAUCGUCCUCCUGCUCCUUCCUCUGAGUUUUUAUCUCAAUUCUCAGACUUUUUAUCUGAUUUAGUGCUCAGCUCAGAUAAAGUCAUUAUUGUGGGUGACUUCAACAUUCAUGUUGACGUGGACAGUGACAGCCUUACGACUGCUUUUAAUUCAUUAUUAGACUCAAUUGGUUUUUCUCAACAUGUAAAUAAACCAACUCAUAGUUUUAAUCACACCCUUGACCUCGUUCUGACUUAUGGCAUAGAAAUCAAACAGUUAACAGUAUUUCCCCAGAACCCUCUUCUUUCUGACCAUUUUAUGGUAACAUUUCAAUUUACAACAAUAGAUUGUAUAGGAGUUAAGAAUAAAUAUCAUUACAGUAGAUGUCUGUCUCACAAUUCGGUGACUAAAUUUAAGGAAAUAAUACCCUCUCUAUUUAGUCCAGCACCACUUACUGAUAUAAUGGAAGGGAAAUAUUAUAAUUUUACCCCCACAGAAGUGGAUUAUAUUGUUAAUAAUGCUGCAGCCUCACUGCGUACAACACUUGAUAGUGUUGCACCUGUAAAAAAGAAAGUUCUGUCUCAGAGAGGACCUGCUCCUUGGUAUAAUUCCCAGCUGCGGACUUUAAAGCAGGCGUCCUGAAAGCUGGAAAGGAAGUGGUAUUCCACUAAUUUAGAGGAAGUUUAUGUAGCUUGGAAAAAAAGUCUAGUAAUUUAUAAAAAAGCUCUUCGUAAUGCCAGGACAACAUAUUAUUCAUCUUUAUUAGAGGAAAACAAGAACAACCCCAGGUUUCUUUUCAGCACUGUAGCCAGGCUGACAAAGAGUCAGAGCUCUGUUGAACCUUGUAUUCCUUUAGCUUUGAGCAGUAACGACUUCAUGAGCUUCUUUACAAAUAAAAUUAUUACGAAUAGAGAAAAAAUUAAUCUGGCCCUUCCUACAAAUGUCACAGAUGUAUCAUCGAGUACAGAUACUUCAGAAUUGGCUGUAAGACCAGAUGGAUAUUUAGAAAUUUUCACUCCCAUACAUCUCUCUGAACUCAUUUCAAUAGUUUCUACAUCCAAACCAUCGACAUGUCUUUUAGAUCCUAUCCCAACUAGACUGUUCAAGGAGGCUUUACCUUUAAUUAAUUCCUCAAUGUUAGAUCUGAUUAAUCUCUCUCUAGUAACAGGUUAUGUACCACAGGCUUUUAAGGUUGCUGGAAUCAAACCUUUACUUAAAAAGCCCACUCUAGAUCCAGAUGUUUUAGCCAUCUAUAGACCAAUUUCCAACCUCCCAUUUCUCUCCAAAAUUCUGGAAAGAACAGUUGCAAAUCAAUGAUGUGAACAUUUACAAAGGAAUAGCUUGUUUGAAGAGUUUCAGUCAGGCUUCAGAGUGCAUCAUAGCACAGAAACAGCUCUGGUUAAAGUUACUAACGACCUUCUCAUAGCGUCAGAUAAUGGACUGGUCUCUAUACUUAUUUUAUUGGACCUUAGUGCAGCAUUCGAUACAAUCGACCACAAACUUUUAUUACAGUGACUAGAACAUUCUAUUGGCAUUAAAGGGACAGCACUGGACUGGUUUAAAUCCUACUUAUCAGACAGGUUCCAGUUUGUGCAUGUCAACAAUGACUCUUGUGAGCAUACUAGGGUUAAUCAUGGAGUUCCUCAGGGUUCUGUCUUAGGACCAAUACUGUUCACAUUAUACAUGCUUCCCUUAGGCAACAUUAUUAGGAAGCACUGUAUUGAUUUCCAUUGUUACGCUGACAACACUCAAUUGUAUUUAUCUAUGAAGCCAGAUGAAACUAAUCAGCUAGCUAGACUGCAAGAUUGUCUUAAGGACAUGAAGACCUGGAUGACCGAUAAUUUCUUACUACUAAAUUCAGAACAGACUGAAGUCAUUGUAUUUGGCCCCAAACAUGCACUGAGCCCUUCUCUAUCUAGCAUUAUAUUUAAUAUAUAUAUACCAUUAUUGCAUUACACUCACUCUGUUUCUCCCUGUGUCCUUUCUCCGAGUGUCCCUGAUCCCAGAGCUGGAUGCUUCAGAUCUGUGGUUGUUCUCCCACCAACUGGCCUAAUCUCCAUUUGUGGGAUGCUGCUGCUGCUGACCUUCCUCCAGCCCACUGCUUCCAGCUGCCCAUUUCCAUCAAUCUACUUUGCAUCACCCUCACUAUAUUUGAUUUGCUCAUCUACAUAUUUUUGAAUUUACCACCAGCUAUAUAUGUCGUAUAUUUAAUGCCAGAGCCAUACACCAUAGCAGUAAACUAUAAUCAGUUUCCAUGUUAGUUGCACUUUGCAUGUAUCAUCUGUCUUAUCAUCCAUGUGUCAAACUGUGUGUUUUAUGGUCCUUGUGUCCCCCCCCCCACCUCUCUACCUCUAUCCCUCUACCUCUUCUGUCCCUCUCAACCCACCCGGCCAGCAGCAGAUGGGUCCCCCACAUUAAGAGCCAGGUUCUGCUCAAGGCUUUUUUUCCCUGUUAAAAGGGUGUUUUCCUGCCACUGUCUCCUUAGGGCUGCUCUGGGGUUCAGGCAUAUGGGUUCUGUAAAGCGUCUUGACACAAUUUGACGGUAAUUGGUGCUAUAUAAAUAAAAUUGAAUUGAAUUGAAAAAAAAAUAAAAUUGUCAUAGUAUAGCAUGUCGCUCUAAAAACAUAGUAUAGCAUGUCGCGCUAAAAAUGUCAUAGUAUAGCAUGUCCCUAUAAAAACGUCAUAGUAUAGCAUGUCGCGCUAAAAACGUCAUAGUAUAGCAUGUCGCUCUAAAAACGUCAUAGUAUAGCAUGUUGCUCUAAAAACGUCAUAGUAUAGCAUGUUGCUGUAAAAACGUCAUAGUAUAGCAUGUCGCUCUAAAAAACGUCACAGUAUAGCAUGUUGCUCUAAAAACGUCAUAGUAGAGCAUGUCGCUCUUAAAUCGUCUUAGUAUAGCAUGUCGCUCUAAAAACAUAGUAUAGCAUGUCGCUCUUAAAUCUUCUUAGUAUAGCAUGUCGCUCUUAAAUCAUCUUAGUAUAGCUUGUCGCUCUAAAAACGUCAUAGUAUAGCAUGUCGCUCUUAAAUCGUCUUAGUAUAGCAUGUCGCUCUAAAAACAUAGUAUAGCAUGUCGCUCUUAAAUCUUAGUAUAGCAUGUCGCUCUUAAAACGUCAUAGUAUAGCAUGUCGCUCUAAAAACGUCAUAGUAUAGCAUGUCACUCUACAAACGUGAUAGGAUAGCAUGUCGCUUUUAAAGCGUCAUAGUAUAGCAUGUCGCUGUAAAAACGUCAUAGUAUAGCAUGUCGCUGUAAAAACGUCAUAGUAUAGCAUGUCAUCCAACAAAUGUCGUAGUAUAGUAUUUCGCUUUAAAAACAUCAUAGUAUAGCAUGUUGCUCUAAAAACGUCAUAGUAUAGCAUGUCACUCUAAAAACGUCAUAGUUUAGCAUGUCGCUGUGAAAACGUCAUAGUAUGGCAUGUUGAUGUAAAAACAUCAUAGUUUAGCAUGUAGCUUCAAAAACGUCAUAGUAUAGCAUGUCGCUUUAAAAACGCCAUAGUAUAGCAUGUCGGUCUAAAAACGUCAUAGUAUAGCAUGUCGCUCUUAAAUCAUCUUAGUAUAGCUUGUCACUCUAAAAACGUCAUAGUAUAGCAUGUCGCUCUUAAAUCGUCUUAGUAUAGCAUGUCGCUCUAAAAACAUAGUAUAGCAUGUCGCUCUUAAAUCUUCUUAGUAUAGCAUGUCGCUCUUAAAUCAUCUUAGUAUAGCUUGUCGCUCUAAAAACGUCAUAGUAUAGCAUGUCGCUGUAAAAACGUCAUAGUAUAGCAUGUCGCUGUAAAAACGUCAUAGUAUAGCAUGUCGCUGUAAAAACGUCAUAGUAUAGCAUGUCGCUGUAAAAACGUCAUAGUAUAGCAUGUCAUCCAACAAAUGUCGUAGUAUAGUAUUUCGCUUUAAAAACAUCAUAGUAUAGCAUGUUUCUCUAAAAACGUCAUAGUAUAGCAUGUCACUCUAAAAACGUCAUAGUUUAGCAUGUCGCUGUGAAAACGUCAUAGUAUGGCAUGUUGAUGUAAAAACAUCAUAGUUUAGCAUGUAGCUUCAAAAACGUCAUAGUAUAGCAUGUCGCUUUAAAAACGCCAUAGUAUAGCAUGUCGGUCUAAAAACGUCAUAGUAUAGCAUGUCGCUCUAAAAACGUCAUAGUAUAAGCAUGUCAUCCAACAAACGUCAUAGUAUAGCAUGUCGCUGUAAAAACGCCAUAGUAUAGCAUGUCGCUGUAAAAACGCCAUAGUAUAGCAUGUCGCUCUUAAAACGUCAUAGUAUAGCAUGUCACUGUAAAAACGUCAUAGUAUAGCAUGUCGCUUUAAAAACGUAUAGCAUGUCGCUCUUAAAACGUCAUAGCAUAGCAUGUCGCUGUAAAAAUGUCAUAGUAUAGCAUGUCGCUCUUAAAACGUCAUAGUAUAGCAUGUCACUAAAAACGUCAUAGUAUAGCAUGUCAUCCAACAAACGUCAUAGUAUAGCAUGUCGCUUUAAAAACGUAGUAUAGCAUCUCGCGCUUAAAACGCCAUAGUAUAGCAUGUCGCUCUAAAAACGUCAUAGUAUAGCAUGUCACUGUAAAAACGUCAUAGUAUAGCAUGUCGCUGUAAAAACAUAGUAUGUGUCAUCCAACAAACGUCAUAGCAUAGCAUGUCGCUGUAAAAAUGUCAUAGUAUAGCAUGUCGCUCUUAAAACGUCAUAGUAUAGCAUGUCACUAAAAACGUCAUAGUAUAGCAUGUCAUCCAACAAACGUCAUAGUAUAGCAUGUCGCUUUAAAAACAUCAUAGUAUAGCAUGUCGCUCUCAAAACGUCACAGUAUAGCAUGCCGCUCUGAAAACAUCAUAGUAUAGCAUGUCGCUCUAAAAAUGUCACAGCAUAGCAUGCCGCUCUAAAAACUUCACGGUAUAGCAUGUCGCUCUAAAAAUGUCAUAGUAUAGCAUGUCGCUUUAAAAACAUCAUAGUAUAGCAUGUCGCUGUAAAAACGUCACAGUAUAGCAUGUCAUCCAACAAAUGUCAUAGUAUAGUAUGUAGCUUCAAAAACGUCAUAGUAUAGCAUGUCGCUCUAAAAACGUCAUAGUAUAGCAUGUCACUCUAAAAACGUCAUAGUUUAGCAUGUCGCUGUGAAAACGUCAUAGUAUGGCAUGUUGAUGUAAAAACGUCAUAGUUUAGCAUGCAGCUUCAGAAACGUCAUAGUAUAGCAUGUCGCUCUAAAAACGUCAUAGUAUAGCAUGUCGCUCUAAAAAUGCCAUAGUAUAGCAUGUCGCUGUAAAAACGUCAUAGUAUAGCAUGUCGCUCUAAAAACGCCAUAGUAUAGCAUGUCGCUCUAAAAACGUCAUAGUAUAGAAUGUCGCUAUAAAAAUGUCAUAGUAUAGCAUGUCGCUCUAAAAACGUCAUAGUAUAGCAUGUCGCUCUAAAAACGUCAUAGUAUAAGCAUGUCAUCCAACAAACGUCAUAGUAUAGCAUGUCGCUGUAAAAACGCCAUAGUAUAGCAUGUCGCUGUAAAAACGCCAUAGUAUAGCAUGUCGCUCUUAAAACGUCAUAGUAUAGCAUGUCACUGUAAAAACGUCAUAGUAUAGCAUGUCGCUUUAAAAACAUAGUAUAGCAUGUCGCUCUUAAAACGUCAGUAUAGCAUGUCAUCCAACAAACGUCAUAGUAUAGCAUGUCGCUUUAAAAACGUAGUAUAGCAUCUCGCGCUUAAAACGUCAUAGUAUAGCAUGUCGCUCUAAAAACGUCAUAGUAUAGCAUGUCGCUGUAAAAACGUCAUAGUAUAGCAUGUCGCUGUAAAAACAUAGUAUGUGUCAUCCAACAAACGUCAUAGCAUAGCAUGUCGCUGUAAAAAUGUCAUAGUAUAGCAUGUCGCUCUUAAAACGUCAUAGUAUAGCAUGUCACUAAAAACGUCAUAGUAUAGCAUGUCAUCCAACAAACGUCAUAGUAUAGCAUGUCGCUUUAAAAACAUCAUAGUAUAGCAUGUCGCUCUCAAAACGUCACAGUAUAGCAUGCCGCUCUGAAAACAUCAUAGUAUAGCAUGUCGCUCUAAAAAUGUCACAGCAUAGCAUGCCGCUCUAAAAACUUCACGGUAUAGCAUGUCGCUCUAAAAAUGUCAUAGUAUAGCAUGUCGCUUUUAAAACGUCAUACUAUACCAUGUCGCUGUAAAAACGUCAUACUAUAGCAUGUCGCUGUAAAAACGUCAUAGUAUAGCAUGUCGCUCUUAAAUCGUCUUAGUAUAGCAUGUCGCAUGAAAAACAUAGUAUAGCAUGUCGCUCUUAAAUCUUCUUAGUAUAGCAUGUCGCUCUAAAAACGUCAUAGUAUAGCAUGUCACUCUACAAACGUGAUAGGAUAGCAUGUCGCUUUUAAAGCGUCAUAGUAUAGCAUGUUGCUGUAAAAACGUCAUAGUAUAGCAUGUCGCUCUAAAAAGUCAUAGUAUAGCAUGUCGCUGUAAAAACGUCAUAGUAUAGCAUGUCGCUGUAAAAACGUCAUAGUAUAGCAUGUCAUCCAACAAAUGUCAUAGUAUAGUAUGUCGCUUUAAAAACAUCAUAGUAUAGCAUGUUGCUCUAUAAACGUCAUAGUAUAGCAUGUCACUCUAAAAACGUCAUAGUUUAGCAUGUCGCUGUGAAAACGUCAUAGUAUGGCAUGUUGAUGUAAAAACGUCAUAGUUUAGCAUGUAGCUUCAAAAACGUCAUAGUAUAGCAUGUCGCUCUAAAAACGUCAUAGUAUAGCAUGUCACUCUAAAAACGUCAUAGUUUAGCAUGUCGCUGUGAAAACGUCAUAGUAUGGCAUGUUGAUGUAAAAACGUCAUAGUUUAGCAUGUAGCUUCAAAAACGUCAUAGUAUAGCAUGUCGCUCUAAAAACGUCAUAGUAUAGCAUGUCACUCUAAAAACGUCAUAGUUUAGCAUGUCGCUGUGAAAACGUCAUAGUAUGGCAUGUUGAUGUAAAAACGUCAUAGUUUAGCAUGCAGCUUCAGAAACGUCAUAGUAUAGCAUGUCGCUCUAAAAACGUCAUAGUAUAGCAUGUCGCUCUAAAAACGCCAUAGUAUAGCAUGUCGCUGUAAAAACGUCAUAGUAUAGCAUGUCGCUCUAAAAACGCCAUAGUAUAGCAUGUCGCUCUAAAAACGUCAUAGUAUAGAAUGUCGCUAUAAAAAUGUCAUAGUAUAGCAUGUCGCUCUAAAAACGUCAUAGUAUAGCAUGUCGCUCUAAAAACGUCAUAGUAUAGAAUGUCGCUAUAAAAAUGUCAUAGUAUAGCAUGUCGGUAUAAAAACGUUAGAGUAUAGCCUUUGGUCUAAUAAACGUCAUAGUUUAGCCUUUGUUCCACAAAGCGUUGUUUUGUUCCGGCUGUCUGAAGGAGGUGAGGAGCAACACAAAAACAGUCCACACGCUGGUUUCCAGAGGCUUAGACGAGUAUUUAUUUGAACGAGGAAGUUUACAACAACACAACAUGUGAGAGGGUUAAAAGCAAAUGGGUGUUAGUAAAAUAAAAAUAAAUAAACAGAACUAAAAGUGAACUUCAUGUUGACAUUGAUGGACAUUCCAACCAGGAACAAAGUAAAAGAUAAUCAAUAGGAAAAAAAACUCUUCCUUUUCACCUCUGAGGCCUUGUCCACACGUAGCUGGGUUUUUGUAAAACCGAAUAUCCUGCCCCCUCCGUCUAGAAAAAAACUUACGUACACCACCUCGUUUUUAGAAAAAAAAACUUCAUCCACACCUAACCGCAUAAGUGCGUUUUUCAGCACAUUCAUAAGCAUGCCGGACCUUUAGGUGGCAGUAGUUCCCCAAAUCCUAGCAAGGUGGUGGAGAAUAACCGUCCUUAACGUUGUCCUUCGCCUGUGUUGUUGAAUGUGGAGCAGUAUCUGGGCUUGUAAAAACAAGCAAGUAAAAAGCGCCUGUACAAGAAACAGCGCCCAAAACCUUGUGAGAGCAUCCAUACUAUUACCGAAUGUAAACACAGAUCGCAUAUGUGACGUAAGAACAUAUUUUGUCGCAGGCGGUGACGUUUUGAAACGCAAAACCCCGGUUACUGAUGUCCACAUGCAGACGCAUGAAACGGAGAAUUCGCAAAUCUUCACUUUGGUCGGAGUUUUUAAAAAGAAUCGUUUUUGAUGACGUAAAUCUGCGUUUUCGUGUGGAUGAUAGGCCGAAUCAUAGAAAAAUAAAUUUGUUUUUGUGAGAUACCCGGCUACGUGUGGACAAGGCUUAAAACCCCAAAACACACCGCAGUAGCACCCUAAACUAAAACUACCAAUGGGUUCCCUGUUUUCCUUUGUGAACAUUUCAAAGGUCCCUCUCUAUCUCCCCACACAUCCACCAACCACUGGAACACAUCUCCAAAGUUCUGCUGGACCAGCUCAGCUUCCCCUCAGAAGAAGUGCUGCCACCUGCCAGAUGAAGGAGCCUUUCGAGAGGCAGCUGGCAUCGUGAUUGGACUGUACUUUGGUCUGUUCCAAUCCAGCUUCAGCUCCAGAGACGGCAGGCGGGACGAGUCAACGGAGGCCGGAUGGACGAAGGCAUGCAGCUGAGUACAAUCCAGAAAACAACAGAGGAGGAGUGCAGCAGCCCAGAGCCAGAACAACCAGAGUAGCAUCAUAUGUCUCUUAGAAAACAUCAUAGUAUAGCCUUUGGUAUGAAAAAACACCAUCAUAUACAUCGUAUAUUGUACAAAUAACAAGUCACAGGAAAGAGACAUACAUUGUAGAAUUGUAGUAAUUGUGGGCUGACUGAUUUACUGAUUAUCAGUAUUUUAUUUUUUACUGAUUUACGGUAAUAAAUAAAUUUAAAAAUGGCACUACUUUGGCUCUGAACCUUUAUCUACCUGUGGUUGCUCUGUCUUCUGGAGUGAUUUGAUUGGUUAUACGUCACGAAUAAAACUCCUUUAACUUAACAUCUGUAAACAAAACAAAAAUGUAUCAACAAAGUUUUCUGUUAGUUUGUGUUUUUCUAAGUUUAACUCCAAGAUUUUAAAUACUUUCAUUUACUGCAAAUGAAUAUCUACUCCAAAUGUCUCACUAAUAAUCAUUAUCAGCCUUAAAAACCCACAAAACACCCCUCUAUACUCGACCACACUUAGUACAGUCUGGUUCCCCCUUCUAUAAAUCUGCUUGGAAUCUUCCACUUCCUGUUUGUCAAAGUGGCCUUCUACCUUGGACAGGUUUUGUUGGAGCUCAUGCAACAAACAUUUUGGGUAAGUGCACUUUAAUAUGGAUGGAUGACACUGAAUUAGAGUCUGUUUUAAUGAGACUGAGUUAAGAUGUGUAGCUCUGUCAUUAAAUAGGAAAUUAUUUCUCAGAAUUCACAGAGAAAAGUCUGAAAUGUUUGCUAGGUUAGCGUCCCACAUGUUCUUUGGCUCAGCUAAAGCUAACUCUCUUCAACUUCUGGAUCUCUUGAGUUGCUUGUUGUUAAAAUAUCUUGCUAAAGGUGCUGAAGCUCAGAAAGUCUGAGAUGUUUGUUCAGAAUAAGCUCAUUCUCAAGUCUGAUCUGAACUGUCCUCUUUUGUUUGAACUUUCCUUAAACUUAGGAGUUAAUGACAGAGCAGCACAUCCAGACUCAGUCUCAUUUAUGUAGAGAUUAAACUUCAGUGUCAUUCAUUGAUGUUAAAGUGCAGUUUUUCAAAUGUUUGUUGCACAUGCUCCCAACCGAACCAGUCCAGGUGGAAGACGAUGUGAAGAGAAAGCUCCAGAGGAUGAAUAUCACACAUUUACGUUGGAAAUAAAUGUCCUUUAAUUAGA